AUGAGCUUGGAGAUGAGACAGGUGCCCUUAGCCGAGGGGCUUCUGGUUCUCCCAGCAGCCCGGGCACAGGAGAAGAGCUCGGGGGACCAUACAGCGGGCAGCGGACCUUACGUCUUUCAGAUUGUCUCUUUCAAAUGGGAUCAUGUGCAGGAGCCGUACAUCAUUGCUCUCUGGAUACUUGUGGCCAGUCUGGCCAAAAUCGUUUUCCACUUGUCUCACAAAGUCACCCGCGUGGUUCCAGAAAGCGCUCUGCUGAUUGUCCUUGGCCUCUUUCUGGGUGGUAUUGUAUGGGCUGCAGACCACAUUGCCUCCUUCACUCUUACACCAAAUGUAUUUUUCUUCUACCUGCUGCCACCCAUUGUCUUAGAUGCUGGAUACUUCAUGCCAAACAAAUUGUUUUUUGGAAAUCUUGGUACCAUCCUUCUGUAUGCUGUAAUCGGGACUGUGUGGAAUGCUGCCACAACAGGCAUGUCUCUCUAUGGUGUCUACCUUAGUGGAAUAAUGGGCCAGCUGGACAUUGGGCUGCUGGACUUUCUCCUGUUUGGCAGUCUGAUAGCUGCCGUGGACCCUGUGGCUGUUCUGGCCGUGUUUGAAGAAGUCCAUGUCAAUGAAGUUCUGUUUAUUAUAGUUUUUGGAGAAUCUCUGCUGAAUGAUGCUGUAACUGUGGUGCUGUACAAUGUGUUUGAUUCUUUCGUUGCAAUGGGAGCUGAUAACGUGACUGGGGUAGACUGCGUAAAAGGCAUUGUGUCUUUCUUUGUGGUGAGCCUGGGUGGAACAUUUGUUGGCAUUGUCUUUGCGUUCCUGCUCUCCCUGGUCACUCGCUUCACCAAGCAUGUCAGAAUCAUUGAACCUGGAUUUGUGUUUGUGAUCUCAUACCUGUCCUACCUCACAGCAGAGAUGCUUUCUCUUUCUGCCAUCCUUGCGAUAACUUUCUGUGGUGUCUGCUGUCAAAAAUACGUCAAGGCUAAUAUUUGUGAUCAGUCUUCUACCACCGUGAGGUACACCAUGAAAAUGUUGGCAAGUGGAUCUGAGACUAUCAUAUUCAUGUUCCUGGGCAUUUCAGCUGUAAAUCCAGACAUCUGGACGUGGAACACAGCUUUUAUACUAUUGACUUUGGUCUUCAUCUCAGUGUACAGAGUCAUUGGUGUAGUGAUACAGACAUGGGUUCUAAACCACUACAGAGUGGUCCAGCUGGAAAUAAUAGACCAAGUGGUAAUGUCGUAUGGUGGACUACGGGGAGCUGUUGCUUUUGCUCUAGUUGCACUUCUGGAUGAGAAAAAAGUGAAAGAGAAAAAUCUAUUUGUCAGCACAACUAUCAUUGUUGUGUUCUUUACCGUUAUAUUCCAGGGUUUGACAAUCAAGCCUUUGGUACAGUGGCUAAAAGUGAAGAAAAGUGAGCACAGAGAGCCCAAACUGAAUGAGAAACUCCAUGGCAGAGCUUUUGAUCACAUUCUUUCUGCUGUUGAAGACAUAUCUGGACAAAUAGGACAUAAUUAUCUGCGAGACAAGUGGUCCAAUUUUGAUCGGAAAAUCCUCAGUAAAGUACUGAUGAGAAGGUCUGCUCAAAAAUCAAGAGACCAGAUUCUUAAUAUUUUCCAUGAGCUCAACCUGAAGGAUGCUAUUAGCUAUGUGGCUGAGGGAGAGCGUAGAGGUUCCCUGGCUUUUAUUCGUUCUUCAAGUACUGACAACAUGGUCAAUGUGGACUUCAGCACUCCUCGACCAAGUACUGUAGAGGCCUCUGUCUCCUGUUUAUUGAGAGAAAAAGCCAGCUCUGUUUGUCUUGAUAUGCAAGCCUUAGAGCAGAGGAGAAAAAGCAUACGAGAUACAGAGGAUACAGUCACUCACCACACACUGCAGCAGUACCUCUACAAACCCAGACAAGAGCACAUACAUCUGUACAGUCGGCACGAGAUCAUUCAGAAUGAAGACGAAAAACAAGACAAGGAGAUUUUCCACAGGACAAUGAGGAAGCGCUUAGAGUCUUUCAAGAGCACCAAACUAGGAAUAAACCAGCCCAAAAAGCUCAACAAAAGCCAUAAGAGAGACCGGGGCCAAAAAAGGAGAAAUAGUAAUGCCAUACCAAAUGGAAAAAUACCUUCAGAAAAUCCAGUGCCAGAUUUUACUUUGAAGGAAAAAGAUGUGGAAUUUUCUGAUCCAGAAGAAAAUUAUGAAUCUCUUCAUAUGGACAAAGGAGUUGACUUUUUAGCUAAUGUCACCAAGCAGAAUUGCACAGAUGCUACCUCUGGAAUUGAUAACCCAGCAUUUUCAGCUGAUGAUGAUCAAAGUAUCUACAUGAAGUUCCCGCCAUGGUUAACUGAUGAAGAUUCUGUAGUACCAUCACAAAGGGCCCGAGUACAGUUACCAUAUUCUCCAAACAACUUCAGACGGCUCACCCCCUUUCGCCUCAGCAAUAAGUCUGUAGAUUCCUUUUUGCUAGCAGAUGGCCCAGAGGAGCGACCCAGAGCUUUCCUCCCAGAAACAACACAUAUGUAA